AGUGCAUGGCGCGUCAUUGAAGAGAGACCAUGAUGGCGGCGGCCGCGGCGGCGGGGGGAGCCCCCGAGGUGAUCGCCCAGCUGGAGAACGCGGCCAAAGUGCUGAUGGCACCACCUUCCAUGGUCAAUAAUGAACAACGUCAGCAUGCUGAACACAUAUUCUUAUCAUUUAGAAAAUCAAAAUCGCCAUUUGCUGUUUGCAAGCAUAUUUUAGAAACUAGUAAAGUGGACUAUGUCCUUUUUCAAGCUGCCACGGCGAUCAUGGAAGCGGUUGUACGAGAAUGGAUUCUGUUGGAAAAAAGUAGCAUCGAGUCCCUACGAACAUUCCUUUUAACAUAUGUCUUACAAAGACCUAACCUCCAGAAGUAUGUGCGGGAGCAGAUAUUGUUAGCCGUAGCGGUAAUAGUGAAACGAGGGUCCUUAGACAAAUCAAUUGAAUGCAAGAGCAUUUUUCAUGAAGUCAGCCAGUUGAUAAGCAGCGGCAACCCCACAGUGCAAACACUGGCCUGCUCCAUUUUAACAGCGCUGUUGAGCGAGUUCUCAAGUUCAAGCAAAACCAGCAACAUUGGGCUAAGCAUGGAGUUCCACGGCAACUGCAAGCGGAUAUUUCAGGAAGACGACCUCCGACAGAUAUUCAUGCUCACAGUAGAGGUACUACAGGAAUUCAGCCGGCGUGAAAACCUUAAUGCUCAGAUGUCUUCAGUCUUUCAGCGUUACCUUGCACUAGCCAAUCAGGUCUUAAGCUGGAAUUUUCUCCCUCCAAAUUUAGGCAGACAUUAUAUAGCUAUGUUUGAAUCCUCACAAAAUGUGAUGCUAAAGCCAACAGAGUCCUGGCGUGAGACCCUCCUGGACAGCAGAGUUAUGGAGCUUUUCUUUACGGUGCAUCGAAAAAUUAGAGAAGACACAGAUAUGGCACAAGACUCGCUGCAGUGCCUAGCUCAGCUAGCCUCUCUCCAUGGGCCAGUUUUUCCAGACGAAAGUUCUCAAGUCGAUUACUUAGCUCACUUCAUUGAGGGAUUGCUCAACACUAUCAAUGGAAUUGAGAUAGAGGACUCUGAAGCAGUGGGAAUAUCAAGUAUAAUCAGCAACUUGAUCACUGUGUUUCCUCGCAAUAUAUUAACAGCCAUUCCAAAUGAACUUUUUUCUUCGUUCGUUAACUGCCUCACACACCUCACUUGCUCUUUUGGGAGAAGUGCUGCCUUGGAAGAAGUGCUUGACAAAGACGACAUGGUAUACAUGGAGGCAUAUGACAAGCUCUUGGAAUCCUGGCUUACUUUGGUACAAGAUGACAAACAUUUCCAUAAAGGCUUCUUUACCCAACAUGCUGUUCAGGUUUUUAAUUCUUACAUCCAGUGCCACUUAGCUGCUCCUGAUGGUACAAGGAAUUUGACUGCCAAUGGUGUUGCCUCCAGAGAAGAGGAAGAAAUAAGUGAGCUUCAGGAGGAUGACAGAGAGCAGUUCUGUGACCAGCUGGCCAGCGUAGGCAUGUUAGGAAGAAUUGCUGCCGAACACUGUAUACCUCUUCUUACAAGCUUAUUAGAAGACAGAGUGACGAGGCUUCAUGGCCAGUUGCAAAGGCAUCAGCAGUUAAUUGGCUCAGCCGGGUCCGCCUCUAUUGACAAUAAAGCGCUUGAUGACCUAUACGAGGACAUUCAUUGGCUCAUCCUAGUCACAGGCUACCUCUUAGCUAAUGAUACUCAGGGAGAGACUCCGCUAAUACCUCCAGAAAUAAUGGAGUAUUCCAUUAAGCAUUCAACUGAGGUUGACAUCAAUACAACGCUUCAAAUUCUUGGAUCUCCAGGAGAAAAGGCCUCUUCCAUUCCAGGGUACAACAGAACCGAUUCUGUUAUUAGGUUAUUGUCUUCUAUUCUAAGAGUGUCAGAAGUGGAAUCUCGAGCAAUAAGAGCAGAUUUAACGCACCUCCUGAGCCCGCAAAUGGGAAAAGACAUUGUAUGGUUCCUUAAGCGGUGGGCAAAAACCUAUCUCCUAGUAGAUGAAAAACUGUAUGACCAGAUAAGUCUGCCAUUCAAUACAGCAUUUGGUGCUGACACAGAGGGCGCUCAAUGGAUUGUGGGUUACCUCUUAGAAAAAGUAAUCAGCAACCUUGCCGUGUGGAGUUCUGAGCAGGACCUUGCAAAUGACACCGUGCAGUUGCUCGUAACGUUGGUAGAAAGGAGGGAGAGGGCAAAUUUAGUGAUUCAGUGUGAGAACUGGUGGAACUUAGCAAAGCAGUUUGCCCGGCGGAACCCACCUCUUCACUUUUUGUCUAGCUCUGUGCAACGAACGUUAAUGAAAGCCUUAGUUCUCGGAGGUUUUGCUCACAUGGACACAGAUACCAAACAGCAGUACUGGACAGAGGUCCUUCAACCGCUUCAGCAGCGGUUCUUGAAUGUGAUAAACCAAGAAAACUUCCAACAGAUUUGUCAAGAGGAGGAGGUGAAACAGGAAAUCACUGCCACCUUAGAGGCACUUUGCGGCAUCGCUGAGGCUACGCAGAUAGACAAUGUAGCAAUUCUCUUUAAUUUUCUAAUGGACUUCCUCACCAAUUGCAUUGGACUCAUGGAGGUGUACAAGAAUACACCAGAGACUGUUAACCUCAUUAUAGAAGUUUUUGUUGAAGUUGCACAUAAACAAAUAUGCUAUCUUGGAGAGUCUAAAGCCAUGAAUUUAUACGAAGCUUGUCUGACCCUACUUCAAGUGUAUUCCAAAAAUAAUUUAGGUAGGCAGCGGAUAGAUGUUACAGCAGAAGAGGACCAAUACCAGGAUCUUCUUCUCAUCAUGGAACUCCUUACCAAUUUACUUUCAAAAGAAUUUAUAGAUUUCAGUGAUACAGAUGAAGUAUUUAGGGGACAUGAGCCUGGGCAAGCAACAAGUAGAUCUGUGUCAGCGGCCGACGUUGUCUUAUAUGGGGUGAAUCUAAUUCUGCCUUUAAUGUCCCAAGACUUGCUAAAAUUUCCGUCGCUGUGUAAUCAGUACUACAAACUAAUUACUUUUAUUUGUGAAAUAUUCCCUGAGAAAAUUCCACAGCUUCCAGAAGACUUGUUUAAAAGCCUUAUGUAUUCCUUAGAAUUAGGGAUGACGUCAAUGAGUUCGGACGUUUGCCAGCUCUGCUUGGAAGCUCUGACCCCAUUAGCAGAACAGUGUGCAAAAGCACAGGAGACCGAUUCAUCCCUCUUUUUAGCAACAAGGCACUUUCUUAAGAUGGUUUUUGAUAUGCUGGUACUGCAAAAGCACAAUACAGAAAUGACAGCUGCAGCGGGUGAAGCGUUUUACACGUUAGUAUGUUUGCAUCAGGCAGAAUAUUCUGAAUUAGUUGAAACCUUAUUAACAAGUCAACAAGAUCCUAUAAUUUACCAGCGAUUAGCAGAUGCCUUCAACAAGCUUACCGCAAGCAGCACUCCGCCAACUUUGGACCGUAAGCAGAAGAUGGCCUUCCUCAAAAGUUUAGAAGACUUUAUGUCAAAUGUCGGUGGUCUCCUCUGUGUAAAAUAAACACCAGAACUGUAUGCCUAACCUUGACCCUUUCUGCAAAAUGCACUGAAAAAUGCUGAAAGCUGACUUAAUUUUAACGCCUGUUUCUGGGUUUUUUGCAGCCAUCCAAGAUUUUAGAGAGCCUGGAAGUUUUUAUAUAGUGCAGUGGAAUAGGAGGUGUCAACUCUAAAAUCAGCUUCUGCUAAUGUCUGUUAGCCACAGUCUGUCAUACCUUUUUAUGUUGUACAGAAUAAACAGAAAAACUGAAAUCUUCAAAAAAAGAGAGAGCGAAAGAGGGAGAGAAAAGAAUUCCACAAGUGUAUACAGAUGUGGGCACAGUCAAAAUAACCAGUGCCUUGUCCCAAAUGGCCUCAAAUAGUGACGAUUCAGAUUCCUAAUUUUGUUGCUGUUACUAUAAACCCUUUUAGUGUGUGAUUUAGACACAUACAGAACUGUAAAACAAUUUUAAGCUUUAUUUUCCCCCCUCUGAAAACUAUGUGUGUAAUUAAGAGAAGAAGAAGAAGAAGAAGAAGAAGAAGAAGAAGAAGAAGAAGAAGAGAAAACACCAAAUGAUAUUUUUUAACGUGGAUUUAGGGUUUUUUUGGGGGGGUUCUUGUUUUUUUGAGGGGGUUUUGUUUUUGUUUUUUUUACAUCAACCUGGCGUUGCAUGUUUGUGUAAUACAAGUUUCUACAUUAUAUGCUGCUGCCCUAAAGUUCAGAAAGAAGAAAGGUGUAUAUUUUUGUUUCCCCUGAAAUGAACUUUAGGAACUGUAGCCAUCUCAUUGCCUUAAUUUAAAAGAAAUAAUAAUAAUAAUAAAAAUAAAAAUAGCUGAUGUAAGUUAGGUGAGAAAUCUAAGGCAAGUUUGGGUCUUCAGAACUGUUUUAGAAUGUUGGCAUUAAGCUGCCAUUGUACCUGUUUGCAGCCCUCCUCCUGUGUUUGAGAGUAUUAUGUCCGUGUGAGUGUAAAGAGAGAAGUUCAUGUGUAAUUUUACUUUCGAUAUCUAUUGAUUCAUGCCCAGGUUGUACACAACUGCAGUGUAUUUUUAGACUGAACUAGACUGAAUUUGUUGAAGCAAUAAUGUUUCAAAUGGUGUAAAUUAUUAAUUUCUACAAACUAUUUUUUAUGUUGGGGCAUUAGAUCCGAUGGCUAGACUCCGCGAGUGUCAGACUUGUCUAGCCAUAAGCCGUGAACGCUUGAUCUUCAAGAUUCAGAAUACCGAACUGUGGUCUGAUGUCUUGCCACCACUGUCAGAUUCUGCGGUGCUUGUCUUCUGCUGCUCUGAUCCCACUCAUUUAAUGUGUUGGCACUUUAAAAAAAAAAUAAUAUGUAAGAUUAUCUUUAUGGUUUCAUCCUGCACCCACCAAAUAGGAGGUUGCCAUGGGAACGAAGUGGCAGGAACUCGAGAAUAUGGAAGCAGGGAAUUUUUGAAUAGUUGCAAGCCAAACUAAACCAAUGCUAAUGCAUAUGCUGCUGGUUAAAACGAACUGUUUUGAUGAAGGAAGGGGAUAAUUUGUCUCCAAGGCCUUGUGCUUCAUCCUCUGCAAGAUUCCCCCCCCCCCCGCAUUGGAUAUUUCCAAGUAGUAAUUUUUUUACAUUUUAUAUGGGUAUGUAUAAAACACUCACCUCUGUAUAAGCAUCAUGUUUUCAAUUCUUUGCCACCCUUGAGCUGUUCAUCUCAAAAUUUAAUCACACUACCUGAUGCGUGAGUGUAUACACGCACACACACGUGGAAUUUUGUAAGGGUCCAAAACAUAACUUCUUCAAUUCCUUCUUGGUAAGCCAUGAACCCAGAAAUCAAGAGAGGGAUUUGUCACUGCUUCUGCAAAACCUUUUCAUAGAAUGAAGACAGGCAGGAGCAAGUUGUUUCCUUGAAUAAGUUCUGAAAUACUUAGGGCUCAAUUGAGAUACCGCUACUAAACCAUGGCUUUGCCUUCAAGAACACACCCUGGGCUCAUGCAUUCCCUUCUCCGCUUGCAGGCUUGUGCAUUUUCCCCAUGUUCCAUUGUGCCGUAUUUUGCAGUGAUGGCUGAAUGGUGCAAAUGUUGGUUUCUACUAGCCAUAAUUUUUAUCCAAACUAAAAACCACUCGUUUGAGGACCAUGGUUUGGCUGUGACAUCUGAACUGAGCCCAAGUCUCUUCCUUCUCGGUUAAUAUUGUUUCACCUGUUUUUCUAAUCCAAUGUUAGUGUUGUUCUGUAGAAUGAGGAAAUUUCUUUGGUGCCUGUUUGUUUGAAAAUUUAGUUCCUGUGGCUUCACCAAAGCCAUACUCACUCUAAUUAUGACAGAUUCUGAGUGUGUCCUUUUAAAUGAUUUGAUAAUUCGGGGGGUUCUAAAACAACAGCUUUCAAAACAUGACCGGUUGUGUUGAAGGCCGUUAACGGUUAGCAAAAUAGGCAAAUGUGUAGCCUAGGUUUCACAGAUGGCAACUACAUAGCAAAUUGGGGUGUAACUCAAUUGCAUUUUUCAGUUAUUGUGUAUAACUGCUCUAGUUUAUAUAACUAGUGAUUAAAAUGGGUGCCAUGUGAACCUCUAAUUUCUGGAAAUAUGAGAUAAGAGGGUUAUCUCUAGAAGCUUUGAAAAUAAGCGGGUCUGCAAGAUUCCUUUUCAAGUGUAAAAAACUUGCAAGGCAAUAGUGAAACUUGCCCAAGAAUUCUACCUUUCUGGCUGGCUUGGGGAAAGAUCUACCAAACACUGCUGCUUUGCAGCCUCAGCCUCCAUUUUUUUCCAGGGCAUGCACUACAGGCUUCUGUAGAUGCCAGUGCAAAAUGAAUGGAACUUGUGAACAACAAUGCUUGGCAGACUGGUUCUAAAAUUAAGAGUUGUCAUGGAUUAUUUGUAAUCUUAAACUUUCUUCCUCAUUUUAAAUGUAUGUUAUAUUAAAGGGACACUGUCCAGUACAUUUUUACCUGAAUUUUUUGUAACUGUUAGUAAUAUCUAAGAAGGCUGACUAUCUUUUCUGUUUUUUGUAUUUUUUAAAAGUAUAAAUGACAUUCAAUCUUGUCUUUCCCCAUCCGACAUGUUUCCAGAUGUCACAAUAUGUAUCUCCAGCUUCUGAAUGUUAGCAUUUUACCAAUUUCAGAGAUUUAUAGUAGCUCUGGAAACCUGACUUGGUGCAUAUGCACCUUCACCACACUGGAGAGCUCUUUUAUUACUUGACUAUGUCCAUGUCUUUAAAAGAAAGCAAUCUUUAAUGAGAUAAUAUGUACUUCUAUUAGUGGGGGCACAAACAAAGCUCAUGGAAGUCAAUAAAAAAUAAUAAUGCAUUUCAGUUGGCUGUUAAUUUAAGCCAUGCGACCUUUUUUAAAAGCAUUUGGUUCAUUAACAUAAGAGCACUUUGUUUUGGCACACAGUGAGAAAUUACAGAAAAUGCUUUAAAAAUUUGAUUUAUGCAAGAAUCUGUUAUGCAAGCCACAGUUGUAUAAUUCUAACAUAUAAAAAUAUUGAAUGUGGUGUUUGGACGCUUCCAUGGGAUGUCUGUUCUCAUGAUAAGCACGCCAAUCCUGCUCCCCCCAAGGUUAAAGUCAGUCUUUCCAAAACAUUCAUUACCCUUGGGGAUAGCUUUUUAAAAUUCCACCCUGCUAAUUGCUAGAUUGUUCAAAGCAUAUGAAUCUGACUGACACAGUUUAAUACAUCUAGAGUAAACGAGAGGAUUGAGCACGGGGAAGUUAACUUUGAACUCAUCAUGGGAGUCAAUAGAAGUGUUAGCAUAUUUAUAGCCAAAAGAACUGAACAGGAUUUCUAAUUUGUUCUUUCGUCUGGUUCUUGAAGAGUUUUUUGUACAUAAAACAAAUAUAUUCAAAGUGUGGAUAGAUAUUUAAUGGUCUCAACUUACAACAGAGCUAAAAAUCUGAAAACAGUUGUAAUCUAAGUUCAUAAGUUUUAAAGGCAUACCUCCUAGCAAAAUGUAUUAUCACAAAUUAUUGUUGAAAUAAAAUAUAGGGGUGGGGGGUGGGGCGGUAAGUGAGUUUACAUUUCAGUGAAAAAGAAUCCUAAAUUCUAAUAGCAGUUCUGUCCUCCAUGACCUUUAGCGAAGUGAGAGUUCUUCCCGUAUUCACAAAUACUGGGCAUAAUGCUUGUCAAGCAAUUAAACAAUUGUAUAUUAUUGUGAAGUGCUUAGAAUCUAGCUCCAUAUGCUGACUAUAACAUCUACUAUUUGACAGUUAAUUGACUACAAUGUAAACUAAAAGAAAGCCCUGUGAUCACAAAAACAUACAAACAAAGCAAUGUUUCACACUAAUAGUCCACAUUUGUAUAAUUAUUCUAAAAUUGGGUGUAGUAGGUAUGGUAGGUCUUUCCAGUCUUGCAAUAGGGCAGAAUCAAGGAUGAUAUUUAAUUUGGAAAUAGGUGGGUUAUGUGAACUACUUCUAUGCCAGAAAUUGGUUAUGUGUGCAAAAGCGCCUCACAGGCAAACAAAAACCAUCUGAAAUCAUUGGUAACUCAGAGAAACUUUCUUUUCCUGACUGAGCUGACUGGAAGGGUAUGCAUUUUGUUGAGUUGGCCAGCUGAUGUUUGUGGAGUCAUCUCUGUAACUUGAGAUUCUUCACUAUUUUGAGAAGUCCUCUAAGUAGAACAUGUUCUUUUUGGACUUCCAUGCUAUGCAAAAUUUGGCAAAUAUGCAAAAUCUUUUCCCCGCCCCCCAUGAUGCAGAACACAAUUUAAUGCCAUAAUGCUAAAGGUCCUGUAAGAUGUAGGUCAUGAAGGUUGCAGUCCUACACACCCUAGGAGCGAGCUCCAUUGAAUUCAAUGGGACUUAUUUCUGAGUAGAUAUGUGGAGUGUUGCGCUGUGAAUUUUGUACAUUUAAACAUAAUUCACCAUAAGACUGAAGUAGAACAUGAAACCUUUUCAGUUCUCAGCCUGGUCUCAAUUAAACAAAAAAAUGGAAUGACAGUGCUGAAAUUGCAUAAGAGUUCCUGAAUCCCACUGCAUAUCAGAGUAAAUUGAAUAUCCCAUGAUAAAGAGGACGCUGACAUUAAAAAGCCAUAGGUUAUAGUCACCUAAGAAGCCAGAAUACAGGUGGCAAAGGGUUCCUUAUGAAACUUUGUUUUUGUGGUGUUCAUAUUCUUGCUUUUUCCACCACAAUCUCCCUUUGCUCUGAAUUCUGAAAUACUGUUUUCCAAUUGUUUCUACUCAAGAUAAGUUUAUAGUAGCACAUUUUCAACCCAGUUUGGGAGUUAUUCAGCUUUCUACCUCUGUGUGCCACCAAAAUCUGAGUAGAAUCUGGGCCAUUUGCUCUUGGUAAUGCAGUGAAAUGAGCAUUCAGUAUUGGGAAGAGGCAACCAGGGUGCAAUUUACAUUGCAAAAUCACGAUUGCCUUCCCAACACCUCAGAUGCUGUUUUGUUUUCUCGUCUCUUACAACGCCAAUUUUAGGAGCUGGAAAAACAUGUUAAUCUUGGGCCACUACAGUUUGCCUUCAAAUUAUUGAGGCUUGCCAUUGACUGAAUAACGCUAGUCUGUUUCAGAAAUAAUUGUUUCUUUUCACAGAUGAGCAUCAUCAACUUGGAAACCCUUAAAUUUACCCAUCACUGCCCUUUCUCCUGCUCACACUCUAUUUUUCAGCUUCAUGCUAUGAUUGUAUAUCUCAUUAAUGAAGAACUAGUGCUGUAGGAUUUUUACCAACCUGCCUUGUUCAGCAAAUGAAUUCUCUCUAGAACAGCAUUUGAGUGGAAGGGAAAGGAGAAACAUUCUUUUAAUCCUGGCUGGAAGCUGAAACAUCAGACCUUUCGUUUAAUUGACAGUGGGUUGUGUUUUUUUUAAGAAAAACACCCAUAAAUGUAGCACCACAAUCUUGGUGCUUCAAUGUGCGUCGUUCAGUACAGUAUUUGGGUUUGGUAUUCUUUGCUGGGUGACUAGUAAAAUGUUUUAUUGCAGAAGUCUUGGAAGUAUAGAUUGCAACUUUUUCUUUAUUACACCUAAUAAUGCUUGCUUCUACAUGAAUGUUUGACUAUCUGAGCUUCUGUCUUCAACUCUAAAACUCAUUGUAUUGCCUUUUACCAAAAAGUGGGAUUAUAUAGUAGGCUUACGUGUCUUCUAUCUGUUCUGAAGCAGGAGGUGGUUGCUGCAAGCAAGACUACAGUACAAAUAUUUUUUGUCUGGUUUAUUCUUUCGGUAAACUUAGUAAGUCAAUGUCAACACUGCAAAAUAGCUGGGGCAGGGGAACCAAUAUCCAAUGUUCGUCACACCUGCUCUUAACUGUUGUGUCUAUGAUUCAUUUUUCUUGAUCUGCUCCAUCGCUUUUAAAACAGCAUUUUGCUACUUUUGAACUAUUGCUGUAUUUACCAGAGAAUCUUAGGAAGAUCUCUUCUCACAAGAUCAACACUUAACUGCGGUGAAUGCUUAUACGUACUCUUCUACCCCAUCCUAAUCAAAGACUGUUCUGCUGAAGUUCUCUCGGACUGCCUUCAGGCUUUUAUGCACUUUUGUGACUUUACGGCCGUUGAAAUGAAUUGUCUUGCAAAUAUUUUGAUAAAUGCAUAUGUAUUAAAAACAAACAAAACCAAAUUGCCUCAGGAAAGCAAGUUACAAUAGGUACCUGUCUCUUAUUUUAACUGAAAUAUAUAUAUCUCCAUCUACAGUCUUUAAAAUAGGCACAUCAUGUUUAGAGACGAGAACUGUAACUUGGGGGGGAAACCAUCAACACGGAUUAUUAGUUUAACCUGGUAAAGCAAAACCUUGUUCACAUUUAAACAUUCCCGUCCCCCCCGUAAUGUUGAUUUCUAUAUUUGGUUCCUUUCUUACUUUUAGAACAGAGCAUAAUAAUGAGGAAUGAACAAACCAUACUGUAGGUGUGUAUAGGUUAUCCAUUUCCCUUGGGAAAAUCUGUCACUGUACAUAUUGGUUUGCUAUUGAAUUCAUUUUUGUCCUACUUCUAAUUAUACUGGUUUUGCUAAAAUA